AUGGAUGACAAGACCGAUUACGCAUAUUCGUUGAAAUUUGACAGGAAAUCAACAAAUCAAUUACUGUUCCUGUCUGAUGAUAACACAGUAAUGGCUAAUUCGUUUAGUGAAGAGACUCCGAAUUUUGUUAAUCAUCUAGAACAGUUUAACACGUACAAAGGCACAAUUGGAGAUAAACGUCUCACUAAUACAAGUUCAGGUGUAGAAAAUUGUAUUGCUUGCUCUGAUAUUGUCUUCCUGAUUGAUGAAUCUGGUAGCAUAAAUGACGCAGAAUUUCUCAAGAUGAAAACAUUUAUAAAAAGUGUGGUCCAAUUAUUUCCAAAUGUUGGACCGAAUGGAGCACAGUUUGGAGCAGUUUCUUUUUCUGGUGAAGAUGACCAAACACUGGAAUUUGAUUUAAAAGACCACGGGAAUGCCACUAGUGUUCUUGCUGCUAUAGAUACCUUUGUAAAUAAUGGAACUGACACUCAUAUUGGAGCAGCACUUGAGUACGUAGAGAAUAACUUAUUUAACGUGGAUGUGGACAAUGGUGCAGGACGACCAUGUGCAGUCGACAAUAGAUUUGCAAUUGUUAUAACUGAUGGUAAAACCGUUGGCGGCACAGUUCCGAAAGCUCAAAGCUUAAAGAAUGCAAAUGUCAAGAUCUUAUCUGUGGGUGUCGGAGAUGGUGUUGAUAUAAGCCUGUUACAAGCUAUUGCAUCUGGAAACCAAAAUGUCUUCCUUGUAGAAGAUUUUGAUACCUUCCCGUCAAUUUUAGAUGGUCUAAUAAGUUCAAUAUGCACACAAGACAGCACCCUUCACGGAUUUUGCGGCUUUCCAUGUACUCUUCAUAACAAAACCUAUGACCUUUGCCCUUGUGACGAAAACAAUGUCAACCAAACAUAUAGUGUAGGAGGUAAUGAUACCACUGUGUUCACUGAGAAUUUUGGUGAUGAAAACAAAACGGACUGGGAAUGCUAUACUAGAAGUGGACGAUUUUAUGUUGUACGGUGA